GUUAACGUAACUUGAGUAACGUAACUUUCGUUGCGCAUUUACGCUAUUUACAGUAAUUAAUUAAUCGUUUUAUUUUGUUUAAAUAUCUAAGUGGUUUUUGUGUUUUAAAGUUUAACGUGUUGGAUGCUUACGAUGAAAAUGCCGACUUCCACGAUGAUAUGUCUUCUGGCCUUUUUCGGCUUGGCAGUGGGUCAGUACUUGCUGCAGACCAACCCUUCGCAGACCUUUUUACAAGGCUUCCCUUCAAACUUCCAGGGUGACAACCUUGGUAUCUUCCCUGCCCAAAGAUUACCCGUUAAUGGACUUGGCUACCUCAAAACGCAGAAAAUAGAAGAACUUUCUUCGAAAUACGAAUACAGUUUCAGCAAUCCACCUCCACCACUCGGUUCUGGGCAAGACCCAGCCACGCAAACAUGUGGUCUCGCACCACCUUUCUGCGCUAAAUCUCGGUAUCGCUCAAUAGAUGGCACCUGUAAUAACUUACGACGACCGACAUGGGGUAUUCCCCAAACGCCGUACGGAAGAUUAGUCAAAUUCAAAUAUGGUGACGGCGUCAGUUCGUUCCCAAGAGCUGUCAGUGGCAAAGAACUGCCUAAUGCUCGGGAGAUCAGCAACUAUCUAUUUCCUAGCAAGCAGCUAGUUGACCCGAUAUGGAAUUUAAACGCGCAGCAGUGGGGACAAAUAAUUACUCAUGACAUGUCUCUAACAGCGGGAGUCGCUCAAAGUCAUAAAGACCCAGUGUCAUGUUGCGACGACAACGGUCAACUUUCUCGCGACGCAGCUACCAACCCUCUCUGUGCCCCGAUUAUUAUACCUAGGUCAGACGUCGUGCACUCACAAGUUGGCACAGAAUGCAUGAACUUCGUGAGGACAGGCACAACCAGGGAUAGAGGAUGUACACCGCCUUACGCGCCGGCUGAACCACUCUCCACUGUAACUGCGUACAUGGACGCGUCCUUCUGCUACGGAAGUAGCGACGGACAAGCUAGACCAAUUCGUUCUUUCCUCGGAGGUCGCCUAAGAACGAUAUUAAGAGGAGGGCGGGAAUGGCCACCUCAAGAUCCCAACGUGACACUCACCUGUGAAUCUGCACGGUCACCUAAUGAACCUUGCUAUUUGGCUGGCGACAUUCGAGUGAAUCAAAAUCCUCAGCUAACAAUACUUCAGAUAAUUGUACUCCGAGAGCACAACAGGAUUGCCGAUAUCCUGUCUGCCAUUAACCCACACUGGGACGACGAGACACUCUACCAAGAAGCGCGUCGGAUUGUUAUUGCUGAACUGCAAUAUAUAAACUAUUACGAAUAUUUGCCAAUUUUCCUCGGUUAUGAAAAUAUGGUAAAGAACAAGUUAAUAUAUCCUGGUGCUCGCGGUUACGUUAAUGAUUAUAAUCCGGAAGUGGACCCAACUGUGCUAGAUGAACACGCUACUGCUGCAUUUAGACACUUCCAUACCCUGAUCCGAGGAUAUCUACAGUUAAUUUCCGAAAAUAGACAUUUGGCUGGAAUUGUACGUCUAAGUGACUGGUUUAAUAGGCCAUUGUUAGUUGAGCUCGAAAACGCCUUUGACGAUCUGACGAGAGGUCUUACAUAUCAACCUCAAGACUACAGUGAUCAAUUUUGGGACAGUGAAAUUACUCAGUUUCUCUUUAGGCGAAACAAUACUUUUGGCGGUGAUCUUCGAGCAACAGAUAUACAGCGCGGGCGUGACCACGGUCUCGGAAGUUACGUGGCAACAAGGAGUGCUUGCGGCUUACCCGUGCCGAAGACCUUCCAAGAAAUGACUGACUUUAUCCCAAAGAAGAACGUGGAAAUCCUACAACUCAUAUACGAAAACCUAGAAGAUGUGGACCUUGUCGUAGCAGGCUCCCUCGAGAUAAACGUCCCGGGUGCGCAGACAGGCCCUACUUUCCUGUGCAUCCUCACCGAGCAGUUUUACAGAACACGAGUUGGUGACCGAUUCUUCUUCGAGAACGGUGCCGAUCCGGAUAUAGCUUUUACCAAAAAUCAGCUGGCAUCGAUACGAAAAGGAUCGUCCAUAGCACGUAUAUUGUGCGACAACAGUGAUAAUAUACGUCAUAUGCAACCGAAAGCCUUCCAACAAAUAUCACACAGGAAUAAGCCCGUUCGUUGCGACAGGUUGCCGUCGAUUGACCUCAGUUUGUGGCGCGAUGUUCGUUUUUAAUACAACUGCUGUUAUACUUUUUAAGUGUAUAUCCGCUUAUCAUUUAAUCAACAGCGUUGCCAUGUUAAAAGUAUAUAAUAAAGAUAAGACAUACUAUGUAAAUAAAGUAACUAUACCAUUCAUUGAUAUCUACACCACCAAUCGAUACCCAUAGGGCACGGUUGACAGAUUUUUAAAUCAAAAUACACUUUAUUGUACACCUAAUA